GCAAGCCAAGCGUUAUUGAGUCAAUUGAUAAAGAGCCAUCUCAGACAACUGACAGCAAUCAGUUAUUUUUCACAGCAAUAAGCUUUCUUGAAGGAAGGUUGCAGAUUGUUCCUGGAUAUACCUCCUUAUACCUACAUUAAAGUCUCUUAUUAAUACCUUAUUGGAAAAUGUCAUGAUCAACUGGAAUAUUUAAUUCCUGGCUUGGGACAUUGUCAUUAUGGAUGCCUCUAUUUCUAACAGUAUAAAUACUGCUGACAGAGCAUCAUAUAUAACAAACGAGUCGACACCUCUUCACAAUGUAAAGCUGAAGGAUGAGGGAUAUAAGUAUAUCAUAGGCACAUUUGGUAUCGUAACUUUGAUCAUAACCAUUGGUUUAGGUGUUGCCAUCAACAAGGAUCCUGGAGAGGUAUCUUUCGGAAGUGGUAUAGCAGCUGACCGUUCUGUGUGUACUGAAGCAGGCAAUGAAAUAUUUAUGAAGGGAGGUAAUUCAGUAGAUGUUGCCGUGGCUGUUACUGUCUGUCUUGGAGUAGUUUUUCCUCAUCUGACAGGCAUUGGAGGAAAUGGUGUUUUAUUAGUCUAUAACCAUAAGACUGAAAAAAUUCUAAUGUGCUUGGAUUCCUGGCCUCCAGCUGGAACAGUUGUUGUCCCACAGUUGAUGUUAGCACUAUACACAGCUCAUAGUUCAUUUGGUCACAAAUCAUGGAGUAUAAUUCUUGAGCCUGCAAUCCGUAUAGCUAGGGAAGGAUUCCAGGUUUCUGAAAGUCUAAUACAGUCACUGAAACACCUUUCCCCAAACGCCAAUGAUGACCUCAAGAACUGGCUACAUUCUUUAAAACUAGGAACUGUUAUAAAAUCUCCUCAACUAGCUGAAACUCUGGCUGUUAUUCAAGACAAAGGAGUCGAAGCAUUAUAUACAGGAAGCUUAAACGAUGAGCUCGGAAAAUACUUUGAUUCAAAAAGUCUUUCUGAGCCGAGCCUCAACAAAGAACCUUGCAGUGAGGCCAUUGGUAAAGGUUACCGCUUAAUUAGUUCAGGCGUAGGCACAGCAGGACCUUCCCUCCUCAACUCGCUGGUGGACUCCAAUUUCAGCAACAGCUUUUCAGUUCAAGAAUUGGCUGACUUUUUGAUAGGCAAAGAGGAACUGUCUUGGCCCCUUCCUUCCGGUGUUGUUGUCAGUGUCACAGACAAGGAUGAUAACUAUGUUUCCAUUGUAAGUGGACUAGGGCCAGUUCUUGGAUCUCAAAAUCUUCUAAAAGAUGGUUAUAUAGUUGGAUCACUAUUGCAUCGAUCUAAUCUUUCUAGAAUUAAUUCAUUUGGAGCACCAUUUAUUGCUACAACACUGCAGCAUAAAUGUGAAAAACGUAUUGUAACAGGUGGAGUAGACCUGCGAGAUAUGCUACAGGUUUUACCAAAGAUACUAUGGGGUUCUGAAGGUGUAGUGAACAGUGUGGAAGCAGCCAGAGUUCGGAUCACAGAAAACAGUCUUUUGGCUGAAAUUAAUCAUCCUCCAGUUUUGCCAUUUUCACUCCCUCCGGCAUCAAUGCCCUAUCCUGUUAUAAAUGUGAUUCAAAAAAGAGGGGAUGAAGUUCUAGCCUAUGAUGAUUCCAGGAGUCUAUAACGUAAUACUUUCUUAAAUGGAAGAACCAAUUUAAUGGCAACAAAAUACUGUUAUUCUUAUUUUUUUAAAUUAUAUAACAUUAUUUAUACAUAACUUGUGGAUGUUGUUAUAAACUUGUUAUUGUGUAUUUAUAUUAAAAUUGUAUAACUGUGAUACCUAAAUAGAAAUAAUAUCAAGUUAGCAUUUCAAGCCAUUUAUUGAUUAUCGAUAUUAAUGUGCAUAAUAGAACAACCUGCAUUUUAUUUUUU